AUGCAAUUGCGGUCGGAUCACAACCAUGAUUUAGUUGCAAUUGGUUGCGAUCUCUCCCUGGGUUCAUCUUCCCAUCCAGGUAGUAGUUUGAGUUCGGAUAGGUGGCCGGAUGCCGCUGGUGGUGGGUGGAUGGCCGAGUGGUCGAGCUAUGGGGCGCCGAGUGGGGGGCGGCCUCUGACCGCCCACCCCAACCCAAACUAUAACCUGGGUGGAAAGAUCAAAGAACGAGUUAUUAAGGUUAUGAAUUUGAAGAAGGUUGGCAUGACUAAGAGAUCCAAAGCGAAGGACAUGGGCGCUGAGGUUGUUGAUAACAACCCCUACAGUAGGCUGAUGGCGCUUCAACGUAUGGAUCUUAUAAACCUGAUACAAGGCAUAGGUGGUGUAGGCAGUGUUGCUAUAGAGAUGCUCACUAGAUGUGGUAUUGGUCACCUUCUAUUAUAUGACUAUGACAUUGUAGAGUUGGCUAACAUGAACAGGCUAUUCUUCUGUCCCGAUCAGGUAGGCAUGACGAAGACUGAUGCUGCUGUUCAAACCCUUGAAGAAAUCAAUCCUGAUGUUUUGUUGGAUAGAUAUUCACUGAGCAUUACAACUGUGAAAGGGUUUGAAGUUUUUGUUGAGAGCCUCAAAAGAGAAGUUUCUUUGAAAAGCAGAGAGAUGAGUGGAGUUGAUGUUGUUUUAAGUUGUGUUGACAACUAUGAGGCUCGUAUGGUUGUGAAUCAGAGAAUCUUUUACCGUCAGUCAUGCAAUGAACUGGGAGAGACAUAA